CAUGGCCCAUUAGCACAGCACAUACACCAGCUCAGCGCUGCACAGGACACAGCAGAGCGGUUCCUGACCCUCUGACUGUGGAGAUGCGGUACCUGCUGACCACCCAGAGCCAGGGCUGCUACAGGGAGCAGAUCCAGAAGGAGAUGCUGACCCGUCUGGCCUGGAGGAGCCGCUACGCCAGCCUCUACCCGUCCUGUUCGCUGCCUCAGCAGCUCAGCAGGGAGCCGCCGCCGCCCGCUGACCCCAGGCCUGUCCUGCCUCCUCCUGCCAGGACAGAGGGGGGGCAGAGCCACCUUCCUCCUCCUCCUCAUCCUCCUGCCAGGACAGAGGGGGGGCAGAGCCACCUUCCUCCUCCUCAUCCUCAUCCUCCUGCCAGGACAGAGGGGGGGCAGAGCCACCUUCCUCCUCCUCAUCCUCAUCUUCCUCCUCCUCAUCCUCCUGCCAGGACAGAGGGGGGGCACUGCCACCUUCAACCUCCUCAUCCUCAUCCUCCUGCCUUGUCUGAGGAAGGAGACGAGAAGCUGACUGACACCAGCAUCAUGAGGCCCGCGUCUCCACAGACCAGGCACACUCUCUAUCAGGACUCCUCUCACCAUGGGAGAGGACGGAGUCUGUACCUGCAGAGACGUGGUCGGAUCAGACCCGAGGAGAGGUUCCAGUUCCCCCUGCUGUCGUCCUGGGAGUACGGAUGGAGGCUGGGAGACUACUCCCUGAACUACAGAACCCCGUCCUGCGCGCGGUCUCCGGUGGUGAAGAACGCUUUCUACGCCCGCAACGGCGUGUUCCACAGCGCGUCCGCUACCGACGCGCUGGGCUGAGCGUGCGACUCCAGUGGUUACAACAUCUGUUUGCUCUGAAUCCUAUAAUCUGUCCUAAUGUGAAAACUCUGGUUUUUGUUCUAGUUCAUUAUGUUGACUGUGACUGUGUCUGAUGCUAAAUAAAGCUGAGUUUAAAGCGUUGCUCAUGAGAAUGUGACGCUGUGAACCCAGCGUGUGGAGCUGUAAGGUUAAGUGUGUGACAACCUGAUAGGACGGUGGAUAAUUAAUGAGCUGGCAUCAGUCUCUGCACCCGAUCCUGAGCUGCUGGAGGAAAUGUUUCUAAUCAUGACACUCUGACACUCGUCCCGUUACGUUUCCUCUGGAAGCUUCUGUUACUGUUACACAAACUACAAUCUUAUUUCAUGUUAAACAGUCACUAUAUGAAUAUAUACAUUACACGCAGGGAUUUCAGUGUGGUGUAAGUUUUUCUGUGAAUAUUAAUGUUUUUAAAACCACAUUCAAGAAUAAUAAACAGAGAACUGUUGACUGUGACUCAUUUAUUAUAGUGUAAAAGUUCAAAACAGGCUUAAAUGACUUGAAUUCUAAACCAUAGAACCAU